GUGGCUAUUUCGCGUUCAGAGAGCGUACAAAUUUUCACCAGUGCGGACGUAGGACAAGUUCAAUCAGGCUUUUAUUUUUUAUUUUACAGAUAGCACCAGCCGAAACUGAAAAGCCAAUCACUGAAAAAAUUGUCAACUUUUUACAUUGUACUGUCUUAUAAACGAUUUCCCCGCAAAAAAAAAAUAGUACCUUAAGAGGAGAUACGUUUAAAGGAAUAACUUGCACCUGCGGCCCCGAAAAGAAGACACCAAAAACAAAAGCGACCACAAAUACAUAGUAUGAAUGUCGCCUAAAUAUCAUAAUUUUGAGAUUGCACUGGUCUACUUUCUGCUGCUGAUACCAUGGCCGCCCACAAAUGUGAUCAGAAUCCUUUGCUCGCGAGAUAACAGUCGACUGGUGCGGAAGAUAGUGCGCUCCAAAUGGACCCCCAUUUUGGACAAGCAUCAAGUGAAGCUGCCGCUGGAGUGCCCACUGCAUCCGUUCCGGGACGUUUUCGCCCCCCGACAGGAUGCCAAGCAGAGGGAUCGACCCACUCAGUGGACGUGCAGGAAAUGUGGCAAGAGCUUCUACCAGGAGAAGCACCUGGAUCUGCAUUUCGAAACACGCCACAAGAGCAUCAUCAAUGAGGCGGAGGAUGCCGUUUGCCUGGCCGACUUCUGCGACAUUAUGCGGUGCGAGGUGUUCGAAACGGAGGAUGCGUCGAGCCUCAAGUUUGGGGACCAGCACAUUGUCACGGAAAUCGAGGUCUGGGGCGACUCCCUGGGCCAGAAUUCAGCGUUGGCCAAAGCAAAUGCCGCCUACUUGAGCUUAAUACCAAGAACUUCCACACUGGGUGCCUCGCGUGCCGCCAAAGUACAAAGCCGUCAAUUAAUCCAAGACAAGCCAAGUCAGGCCAGCAAGCAGGAUCAGUCGCCGGCAGGUGAGCGAAUCCAUCCCCGCCACCUUCAUCACCGAGAGCGCGACUCCACCACAGCCAAUCCGCUUCGCCUAGAUCCAUCACCAUCGCCGGAGGACGGAUCGGCGGCGAGGCCGAGAUCGGCGGGCGAGAAGCUGCUGCACAAGCUCAAGGAGCUGGGCAAGGCUCACCUAAAGUCCUCGGCGGACCCGGAGUCCAGUCGGCAGAACGAGACGGACGAGGAGGAGGACGAGGAGAGCAGUGGACGGUCCGAGGGCAGUGGCCAGUCCGCUGACGAGGCCAAAACAGAGGAGGGAUCGGGUGCCAAUGGAAACGGGAAUAAGGCCAGGGCCAACUGCAAGCCGGAAGAGCUGAGCAAGCUGAAAAGCCGCUGCGAGAUGCUGCUGAGGAGCUGCAUUGGUGGAUUGCUUCUGUCCAUGUCGGAUCAGGCUUUCAAGGAGAUGGAAGAGGAGAUGAACAAGGCGGUGUGCUGGUACUUGACCUGCGAUCGCUACUGGGAGGAUGGUCCCUUGGAGCCGCGUGCCUUCCCCUGGGGACUUAUUGUGAUCCUGAUCUUCGUGCUGUCCACCGGGAUCUGCUUCUGCUACUACAUCAUCUGGAUCCUGUUCGACUCCGAAGAGACGACAAUCAGCGCGAACCACUACUACGGCCAGGGGGCCAUCGCCGGCGGCGGGAGCAUCUACAUGCCAGGAGCAGUAGCGGGGCAUCACUACCAUGUGGACUAUGCCACGCGGCACGACCUCGACCUGGACGCCGGCGUGAUAGCUGGUCAGCAACAGCAGCAGCAGCAGCAGUUGCUCCAGGAGCAGCAGUACUACUACCAGCAGCAACAGCAACAUCUGCAGCAACAGCAACAACAGCAAUUGUAUCCGGAGCAGGUGCAGUACCAUCGCCACAGCCCGCGGCACUACAUCGCCGAUCAGCGUCCAGUGGGCACACCCACCCAAGGGGCCGUUCGCAGCAGCUCCUCCAACGCCAACACGCCGUUGCACCAUCGGGUGCAGCAACAUCCUCCCCACCUGCAACAUCGUCACUCGACGAGCCUGGCUUACCCACAGGACAUUUUAGACCAACGCGACUAUACAAGUAGCUCCUCGCGCCCCAAUAUGGUGGCUGGAUCAGGACCAGGAUCGGGAUCGGUAUCGGUACAAGUGGCAGGGGCACCUGGCGACACCCAACGGCACUACAACACGCAUCCGCGGCCGCUGGAGACGAGGCAUCGCCAUGUGGGCUCCUCGCAGCAAUCCCUUCGUGCCUCCGCCUCCACGCACGAGAUUGUGCAGCAGGAGGCGGCCAUGGGUCAGAAUGAGCACUACAUCUACGUGACCUAUCCGCCGGACCUCAAGAAGCGCUACUUCGAGUGAUCAAAACUGGAUACUUCGGUGAUCGAUCGAAAGCGGAACAGAGAGAUCGGUUGAUGGACAGAGACCAAAGAGCUCUUAGGAAGGAGAGCCAAGUAACGAUACCAAAGCUGGUGAUCAACUAUAUAUAGUUGGUCACACGAUGAUAAUACGGAGGACAUGGAACGUUGCGGCGGACUGGCGACUGGCCGCCAACUAGCCCCCAAAAGUUGGUUUUUUACUUUUAGCCUGCAAAUUCUAGAUUUGUGAACUGUGCUGUUCUUUUUUAAUUCUACAAAAUAAAUUGCAAUAUUUCUGUAAAAUAGCAAA